AAAUAAUACUCUAGUGAUUCAGACAUAAUAAAUUAUACUGAAGUGAGAUCGAAUCUUGUUCGGAAUAAAGCUUCAAAAUGAGGACAUUAAAUUUAAUGUUGUUUUUACUCUGCUGGUGCAUCGGUCAAACAGAGACCGCCGUUGAAAACCUUGGGAAAGAUAUGACAAAUUAUGAUGUAAAUGACAUCAUCAAACUACGGUGUUGUCCUGCAGACGACUGUUAUCCGUCACAAGCGGAAGUGGCGUCUUUAAACAACAAGUUGAAAGGCAGAGUAAUUGUUCCACACUUUGAGGAAUAUGUCAACCAAUCGCAUAUGUAUAACACAUUCGAGCAGAGAUACCCACGCCUUGUUGUUAUGGUGCACUCGAAGGAAGAUAUCAAAGAUACGGUCUUGUUUGCCCGGAAGUACAAUUUGCACGUGACAAUGAGGAGUUCCGGUCAUGACUUUGUUGGCAGAUCAACAUGGGAUGGAAGUAUAAACAUCAAUCUAUCUGAAAUGAAAGACUACAAAGUUAAUCUUGACUCUAGUAGAAGUGAUCAUGGGGAAGUCAAAGUUCAAACUGGUUUAUCUUGGGCGGAGAUUUACAAAAUGCUUGAUCAGGAGUACAAUCGAACUAUCGUAGGCGGAAGUGCUCACACAGUGACACCUGGUGGCUAUACCAUAGGUGGAGGUCAUAGUCCUAUCUCAAGGUCAUUAGGAUAUGCAGUUGACAAUGUCCUUGAAGUGCAGGUCGUCCUAGCCGAUGGUAGGAUCGCAACGUGCGUAGAAUCGAGAUGUGAAAUCGAAGAUCUAGACGGUGACGUUGAUUCAGACGACGGAGAUUUAUUUUGGGCAUUACGUGGCGGUGGUGGGGGAACAUUUGGCGUUGUUGUUUACUUUGUUUUCAAAUUACACGCAAUGCCAACUGCAAUGGUUCGUGCAGACACAUGGUUGCCUUUAAAAGUAGACACAUACGGUCUCGAUUACAGCGAGCGUAUCCUGUCGGCGCUCGGGAACCUUAUAACAACUAUGCCUAGGGAAUGGGGAGGAUAUUAUUUAAUUGGUAAUGAAAAGAAUUAUUUCGAAGGUAUUGAGAUGACCGGGCGAUUACAGUUAACGAUGAACAAGUUUGCUCCUUGGGAUGGCUCCGAAAAUAGAAUCUUCGAAGAAUUUAUUGGUAUUGCCAAGGAGCUUCAAACCAAUUUAACAUUCACGAAUUUAAGCAGUUUCUGGGAGUACGAGAAGAACAUCUAUGAUCCACCUAUAACUCGGGCUUACAUGGUUAAUACUUUACUUCAGCCGGAAAAGGUCAACGGAGAGCUGGUCAAAAUGUUUCAAGAGGAACUGUUCACUAAUAUGGCAGGAAUUUACUUUGGAUGCACAGGAACAUCGGUUGGGGGCAGAACCACAGACUUCUCCGUUGAAUCGACUCCUCUCCAUCCGGGUUACAGAACUGCUGUAACAUGUUUGACAUGCUUUGUCGCACUUGCAGACGCUCAGAGUCAAUCAUGGUUUGAUCAAUCUAAAGACGACGAACUACUCAUCCCGAAAGCCGAUGCUUUUAGUGUGAGACUUCAAAGAUUUGGCAACGGAAUGUACCUGAACGAGCCGACCAAAAACAACCUGAAUUGGCGGGAAGAUUUUUGGGGCGACCAUUACACGAGAUUAUUGCAGAUCAAGAAACGCUACGACCCGGAAAACUUUUUCACGUGUCAUCAUUGCGUCGGAUCAGAAAUCGGUGGGAAAUCGACGACGCCAUUGUCAUCGUCUGCGUCGAUCAGCAGAGUUAAUAUUUUUAUGGCAACAAUUCUCUUUGCACUCAAAUAUUUGAUGUAGAUUUCCUCUGCUGUUGAUUUUUCUGUUACUUUAUACACAUGUUUUAACGUUAUUAGUUAUCCUUCAUUUCAAUAAUAUGAAUAAAGCGAAAAAUAUUGAAUUAAAAGCAAUUACUGGCGUAAUUUAUAUAACUUUAAAAACAAUGUGCAAUGCAUUGUUUACAACAUCUAUGUUAGCUUCGAAAUUGUUUGAAUUUCAACUAGUAAUAAGUAGUUUAAGUAUAUCUCUGAAUAGUUUAAUACAUAUACAUUAAACUAUAUACUAUUAUACUAUUGCUAAGUAUAGGUCCAUUCUUGC